AUGGACCUGAAGCCUUGGCGCUUGAAUCCUCCUCAGGAAGCGGCGGUUCGUGGCUCCUUAGAGGAUGCUUUGUCGCUGAUCCACGGCCCUCCCGGAACUGGCAAAACCACUACAGCCGCUGCACUGUGCGUGCUGUAUGCUUUGUGGAAUCUUGACUGUGGUCAAGUGGCAGCCGUUUUGUACUGCACGCCAAGCAAUGAUGCUGCUGACGUUGCCUGCCUCCGCGUUGCUGAAUCAUCGGCAAGGCAUUUCCAGGCCCUGGCCACAAAGCGGCGCCAAGAAGUCGUUGCCGCCGGGACCAGCGAGGACUGUCCGAUCUGCUUCAAUGGCUCGUGCGAUGUCAUCACUGCUUGUGGUCAUCAAUUUCACCGGAGCUGUCUGGAACAAGCUCGUGCUGCAGGGAACUCAACUUGUCCGCUUUGUCGUCGCCCGCUGCGCCAAUCUGAGGGAGGUUUAACAGCACUUCGAGUCUACAGUGCUGAGAUGGAGCGGGGCGAUUUUCCUGUGCCCAAAAGGAUUGAUCACCCUAGUGCAAAGCCGCGAAAGGUGAAGACAGUGUCCGAGGCUAUGCGCCCAUUUGCUUUGCAUUGGCGCUGCCACGGCCGAGCACCAGGUGUGGAGCCGACUGCAGAGUCGUUGGAGGCAGGCGCAGCCUACGAACGAAUGCUGCAGGCCGGGCUCAGCAGCCCUCUCUUCGACGAGCUUCGCACAGAAUACUACUUGGCUCUUUCAGCCGCUCGUGCUGCAGAGCUGCGCCGCACGGAUGUGGUUUUCGCAACGUGCAUAUCUGCACGACGUGGUGGAUUGGCAGCUGCUUUACAGGCACCUGGAGCGCCAGAACUACUGCAGGUGGUGUUGGACGAGGCUGGACAGGCCCCAGAACCAGAAGCACUUUGCCCUAUGACACUGGCGAAAAACGCCAAGAAGAUCGUCAUGGUCGGCGACCCCAAGCAGCUUCGGCCCAUCGUUGUCAGCCCACAGGCUGAGAGAAUGGGUCUCAACAUAUCGUUGCUCGAGCGCUUGAGCGACGCGCCUGCUGGUAAGCCUCGGCUGUUGUCUCUGCAGUAUCGAAUGCACGAGGAGUUGAAUGAGUUUCCGGCAGCAUACUUCUAUGGCGGCCGUGUCAGAACAGAUCCUGCUGUUCUCGCUCGCCGGCCUGGACGCUUGGCACACCCGACACGGCCGAUGACCUCGAGACCGUUUCUUUUCUGGUCGUCUCACGGCGGACCUUCGGAGCAGAUUUCACAAGUUCGAAGCUCAGCUGCCAGCGCGAAGUCCCGCUUCAACCCGGCAGAGGCGUUGCGUGCUGCAGCACUGGCACGCUCGCUGGCAGCCAAAGUGGGCGACAGCCGUGUAGCGGUACUUACCUGGUACAACGCCCAGGUGGCGCAACUGAGCGAGGCACUCGCCGGGACUUCGAUUCACGUUGGCGGUGUUGUUUCAUCUCAGGGCAAUGAAUGGGACUAUGUUCUGCUGUCAACCGUGCGCAGCUCGCCUGGUGGCCUUGGUGCCUUAGAGGACGAACAUUUGCUGGAUGUGGCCCUCACGAGAGCACGGCUAGGAAUGUGCGUGCUUGGAGCACCGGAGACAUUGAGGCGCAUACAUGCUUGGUCAUGUUUGUUAGACCACUGCGAAACCCGCGGUCUUGUGACAACCUCGCAGCCUGUUGUUAUGCCAUGA